ACAGCACGGCAUAGUGUGGGACACUAAAUUUAAUCUCUUGUGGUUCUUUUGCAUUCAAAUGCAAAAACAAGAAUAAUCUAAUAAAUACAAGAUAUUUUUAAUGAAAUGUAGCAGCCUGAAUUCUAAAUGGAAAUAAUCUGUAAAUCAUUUUAGAUUAAAAACAUAAAACAAGGGUCUGUUUUAAAAUAAUAAAAAAAAUCUGAAUAUCUGUAGGUUAAUUUAUUUAAAUAUAUUCACUGCAAUAACAAUCUCCUUCUAAUACAUAAUUAUUGGAGACAAUCAAAUCUUGUUACAGUGAAACCUCAGUGAAAUUGGUCUUUUGACCUUUAAACUUUCAUUAAUAUCUUCAAAGCCAAAGCAGCACAAACAAAAAUGCUUGCUGCACAAACGUAGUCGAGUUGACUGACACCAAUUUUGUCUAAUUUGAAGAAGGGGCCAACUCCACUGAGGUGUUGACAUACGACACCACCCGCAUUUCUCAUGUUGUUGUUUUUUUUUCACUUAAAUUUUCCUCCAUGCCUGCAGUAAUUACUAUACUUGUGCCAGUGCAUUUUGUUGUCUCCUUUCACGAAUGAAUAACUCCAUAGAGGGGAACUUACAAAAAUCUUGAAAAGGCCCCAUUGGGAGCAUUUUUAAAAAGCUCAGCAUGAACCAAGUACUAAGUGACAAGAGUAAGGGGAGAGGCGUCCUUCACAAAAACCUCCAUCUACUGAUAAAUCCAUCCGAUGUGCUGAUAGUGCAACAGUCCAUAACUGCUGAUAACAUUGAGGUUGUUGUUUUCAAAGCGAGGACAGUUAGUUUUGCCUGUCAAACAAAUGUAGGCCAAAAAGUUUUGUCAUAGUCUCAUCUGAUCAGAAUGAAUAAAUCAUUUAAAUAAUUCAAUCUGAAUAGUACCUGUAUAUUGGGAUCAAAGGUGUAGAAUCAACAGUGUACUCUUGCGCCAUAAAGUUUUGCCCAUUUUCUCAUGUUUCUGCUCUGAUGAAUUAUAAUGAGCCUUUUGGUUUCUUCUCUGAAAUGAGUUCUCAGUUGACCUGGGUGGCCAUCUUUUAUGAGGUUUUUAUCUGUAGCAUGCAUUUCUCCUACUAUGAGAUGUUAAAACGAAUGUGUUCUACAGCAGCGUUUUCAUUAGAUACGUGUGCAAAAAGCUUUGUCAAUAUAACGCUAACAUUUAAAAAAAAAAAACUAUUUUGCAGUUUCUGUGUGUAAAUAAUAAAUGUAAUUAAGUUAAUUCAUGCAAUAAGUCAUUAAAAAAACUUGAUCCUCCAAUUACUUCCUGUAAUAAUGUGUCUCGUGUGAUGUAGAAAAAAGUGUUUCCAUAGCAGUUUUGCUAAAUUAACCAAUUACGAUUUGGGCCCCCGCACCCCCAGAAAAACACUUCAUCGUAGCACCAGCACAUUUUAUUGAAAAGCAAAAUUUGUGCGUUUCCAUUAAUAUAUUCACUGUCACCCUGUCAGUCUAGCUGGAAAGCCGUAUUGGUUAGUUAGUUUAUGCUUCUGUCGUACUCUUUUCAUUUUUAGACUUUUUGUCUGUGAGGCUCAAGAUACCGUUUAUAACCUGAACUGUUUUAAUCUUCUCAUCAUCUUAAUCCCUGAUCCGUCUGCUGUGUUUCAACACACUUUUCAGAAGAAGAAGUUGGAACUUGUUAUGAGGUGCCAUGUUCCUCCAGCUAUUUCUCUCUGGUUGAUGUGAAUAUGAAGCUGGGAAAAAGGCUCUAUGUGGAAAUGUCCGCUUGUCAAAAACCUCACAUUUUCCAGUGCUUCCCUCAUUAUCACUGUGGAGUGUUUACAGUGUCUUCAUUAGCAGACAGCCUCCAGAAGAUAACGGAGCUUUAAAAAGGCAUCAAUGAUGGUGAUAAGCAGGCCAAGAUACUUUUUUUUUCGGUUGACGCCAGGCCCUCUGUUUACUCUUGGAGCAUGGGAGCGGAUAACAGGACUGUCAUUCUUGUGCCGGGGAACGCUGUUUUCAAACUUUCCAACCGCAAACUCUCACUUCAGAAGCCAAAGUCGUCGCCUGCUAAAACUCUUUUAUCAAAAUGAAGAUAUCCGGGACCUUCCUGCUCCAGAUGUGCGUGACUCUGGUGGUCUCCAUCGCCUCCUGCACCUGCAAGCCUCUCAGUAACAACUCCCAAAGCGAAGAUCUGGAGAGGCUCCGCUUGGAGCUGUAUGAGGAUGUAUUGGAGGAAGAAGACAAGGAGUCACAAAUGGAGGACUUUUUGGAAAGCAUGAAGGAAGGUUUCCUGAGGCAACUCAACCUUUCAGACGUUCCACAGGAGGAUCGGAAGAUCUCACCUUCUCAGUUCAUGGUGGAGCUGUACAACAAGUACUCCUCAAACAGGUCGGCGGUCCCUCAGUUUGAUGUCAUACGAAGCUUCGCCGUCCAAGAUGUCAUGACAAUCGGCCCUAAGUCAAGGUUCCGGCUGCAGUUCAACGUCAGCAUCCCGAGCCACGAACAGAUCAUCACCGCUGAGCUGCAGCUCUUCUUCUUCCCAGACACCGGGUCAAAUGUAACGUCGCAGAGUUUCAAAGCCGCAGUCAAAGUCUACGAAGCUAACGGCGACAACUCCACCUCGUCUUCACGUCCGCUGGACAGCGAAGACGUGUCGGCCUCGCAGAGCACGUGGGCCACGUUUGAUGUGACGGCAGCCAUUCGAAGCGGGACUGAGUCGGGCCGUGGCGCGACAGCACUCGACGUAGCGGUGGACAGGGAGGCCUGCGACAGAGCAGAGGAGGGAGCGGGCUGUCUGAACAUGAGCGCGUCUGUCGGAGACGAUUCCGCAGCUGCUUUAAUAAUCUUCUCAGAUGACUUUAACAGCAGGAGGAGGGAGAGACAGAAAGAGCUCAGAGAGAUGGCCCUCCAUGAGGAAGAUCCUUUCCUUCACACGGGGGCCGACUGGGACAGAGGCCAUCGAGCGCCGCGCGAGACCCCCCGCGUUCGGCGCCCGCGGCGAACAAAACGGAAGGCGGACGGGGAGUACUGCCGCAGGACCUCGCUCAGGGUCAGCUUCAAAGACAUCGGCUGGAACAGCUGGAUCGUGGCGCCCCCGGAGUACGACGCCUUCGAGUGCCGAGGGGUGUGUUCCUACCCGCUGACGGACGAGUCCACCCCGUCGAGGCACGCCAUCAUCCAGACGCUGCUGAACCUCAGGGACCCCAAGAAGGCCAACAUGGCUUGCUGCGUGCCCAUAAAACUGGACCCCAUAACGGUCAUGUACAAAGAGAACGGGCGCAUCACUAUCAGAUACCUUUAUGAGGAAAUGAAGGUGGCGGAGUGCGGUUGCAGGUAGUGGGAAAAGAGUCGGGAUAAAGCAGGUGGAAGAGGUGGAUUUUUUUGUGUUUUAAACACAGUUUAUGCCAGAAAGAUUGAAGGUUAAGCAGCUGUUGACUUGUGCUUACCCUAAGAGGGAUGGUAAGGUAUUCUCUAUCAACACAAUAGCGUCUAAAGUAGCAUUGAAAUAGUCGACAUGCAGCUUUAUCAGUCUCUCAAGCUACAUUUUGUUUUGAAUAUUUUUUGAUUAUCUCUACAAAAAAAAUCCACAAAUACUGAACCUCAAACAGAUGGGUUUCCACUGUAAUGUCUUCAACACUCCUUUAAUUAAGGGAUUGCACUUUCAGCAUUGGAUUUCAUUUGCCAUUACCUUUUUGUUAAAUUCAAAUAACAAAUCAUUAUUGGUAAGUAAUUAUUUUUCUAGCAUUUGAAAUGACACCAAGUUGCAGGAAACCAAAACACAGACACUUUUUGCAUUAAGUAUCUCAGACUUGUUAACAAUACUAUCCUCAUCCCUGUUGACUAAAAAGUCUCCCCAGAGGAUAAUUAUGCCAUGUUUCACAGUUCAGGACUUUAAUCUGGAACUUAACCCUUAAAUUUUGAACCUAAGCUUCUUCCCUGUUCUCUAACAAACCACUGAGGCCAGAAGCAGAAAUUGAUUUACACUGAGAUUAGAUCUCACACAGGUGGACUCAAUUUAUUAAAUAUGUAGUUUAUGGUGGUCUAUAACAUAAAAAUCUCAAAAUACAUUAAAGUUUGUGGCUUUGAUGUGUCAAAAUGUGAAAAGUUUCCAGAGGUAUGAGCAUGUUCUCAUUUGUAGGGUUUAAUCUGAGGUUGUAUUUAAUAUCUGACAAGAAUCCUGUUUUUUUUAUCAACUUCCAGUAAAAGCUUAUAGUAGCAAUAAUAAAGUGAAUAACUGAUUUUUAGGCAUCAUAACAGCUCAAUUUGUACAUUAACUGGUAAAUAGAAAUGUGUUUAAUAGUAAUAUGAACUUUAUCAGUAGCCUGUAAAUAACUGCUUUCAUGUAUUUGAAUAAGUUAUGCUAUACAUGGAUGAUUGAUGCUUGUCUCUAAUCGAUUUUACCAAUAAAAUUAUACAGUUUUGCUUCAAAAUUCCUCUAAAUUUGUAAUGAGUCUUCAAUCUCAUUUCCUGCUUCUCAUGUCACCACUUUUACAAAAAAAAGGUAAUGUAAACAACAUUAAAAUAAAAUUACACCA